AAUUGCUUAAGCAUCUCUGAACUGGGUGUAUAGGGCGAAUAGAGAUGGGAAAAUGCAGUGAAAAUAUGUAAUUCAGAGCAUUUUCAAUGUUUUAACAAUUGCGAUGAGGGAAAGAAAGUGUGAGAGGGUGGAUUUUCUCUUGUACUGCUGCGGAGUACGGGCCGUUAUUUUGAGAGAAAUGCGGAGUAUUUUUCCCCAUAGGUGUUAACGCAGAAAAUACAAGAUGAAGAAGCAAUUCAAUCGAAUGCGACAGCUCGCCAACCAAACGGUGGGCAGGGCAGAAAAAACUGAAGUGUUAAGCGACGAUCUUCUGCAGGUGGAGAAGCGGUUGGACCUGGUCAAACAGGUGACCCACAGCACUCACAAGAAGCUGACCGCCUGCCUGCAGGGCCAGCAAGGCGCCGACGAGAGAGAGAAGAAAUCAGUCAAGUCUCCCUCGAAAAAGCUACCACUAACCAUCCUGGCACAAUGCAUGGUAGAAGGAGCUGCUGUGCUGGGGGACGACUCUCUACUAGGGAAGAUGCUGAACCUGUGUGGGGAGACAGAGGAGAAGCUGGCCCAGGAACUUAUUCAGUUUGAGUUCCAGAUAGAGAAGGAUGUGGUGGAGCCUCUCUAUGAGCUGGCUGAGGUGGACAUCCCCAACAUCCAGAAACAGAGGAAACAUUUAGCCAAGUUGGUCCUGGACAUGGACUCAGCUCGCACACGGUUUCACCAGUCGUCCAAGUCCUCCAGUCACCCUAGCAACCUGCAGGCGGGCGGGGCCAAGGGGGAGGCCCUCAGAGAGGAGAUGGAGGAGGCAGCCAAUAGGAUGGAGAUCUGCAGGGAUCAACUAUCAGCAGAUAUGUAUAAUUUUGUGGCCAAAGAAAUAGACUAUGCAAACUACUUUCAGACGCUCAUAGAGAUCCAGGCAGAAUAUCACAGGAAGUCUCUAGAGAUCCUCCAGAGUGUCUUGCCCACCAUUAAAGCUCACCAGGAGGCGUGGGUGGAGAAGCCGUCAUAUGGCAAGGCCCUGGAGGAACACCUGACCAUCAGCAGUAGAGAGAUCGCCUUCCCCAUCGAGGCCUGUGUCACUAUGCUGCUGGAGUGUGGCAUGCAGGAGGAGGGUCUGUUCAGAGUGGCCCCCUCGGCCUCCAAGCUGAAGAAGCUGAAGGCCUCCCUGGACUGUGGUGUUAUGGAUGUACAGGAGUAUUCAGCUGACCCUCACGCCAUCGCAGGGGCUCUGAAAUCAUACCUCCGUGAGCUUCCAGAGCCACUGAUGACCAGUGAACUUUACGAGGACUGGAUUCAGGCGUCAAAUAUUCAGGAUAUGGACAAGAGACUACAAGCUCUGCUGGCGGCAUGUGAAAAACUACCAACUGACAACUUCAACAAUUUCAGAUACUUAAUUAAGUUCCUAGCCAAGCUAGGAGAGUAUCAGGACUCCAACAAGAUGACUCCUGGUAACAUGGCUAUAGUUCUGGGUCCCAACCUGCUAUGGACGCACUCCAACGAGAGUGGGAACAUGACCGAGAUGAUGACCACAGUAUCUCUUCAGAUAGUGGGGAUCAUAGAACCCAUCAUACAGCACGCUGACUGGUUCUUCCCUGGAGAGAUUGAGUUUAAUCUGACAGGCUGCUACGGCAGUCCCAUCCACGCCAACCACAACUCUAACUACAGCUCCAUGCCUUCGCCAGACAUGGACCAAUCGGAACGCAAGCUGUCGCACGACCAAGGCAGACGCCCACUCAGCGUUGCCACUGACAACAUGAUGCUGGAAUUCUACAAGAAGGAUGGCAGCAUAAGGAAAAUACAAAGUAUGGGUGUCCGGGUGAUGGACACGUCCUGGGUGUCUCGUAAGGGUUCGUCCACCCUGGCCCGUAAGGCCUCGUCCACCCCUCCCAGCGUCCAGGGUCCUGGCUCCCCUGCUGACCACUCCCUCAUCCUGGAGCAGCCUGGAGAGCUGACCCAGUCCCCCUCACCCCCUCCUCCACCUGGGGAAAGGGACCGGAUCGGUACACUAAGGAGUAAGGAGAGCUCUCCAGUGAUUGGUCACAAGGGGGUGCAGGUGGCAGGUCCGAUGGUGCCCCCUGGUGUUGGCCAGCAGAGCUGCAGCCAGUCGCCCCACUCCACAGAACACAGCCCACACACCUUGCGCAAAGGCUCUAAGAAGCUGGCCCCUGUCCCUCCAAAGGUUCCAGCUGGAUACGGCCAGUCGGGUGGUUCUGGUGGGAUUUCGGACCAGUCCACAGGUCAGCCGUCGCCGGUCAGCCUGUCCCCCACCCCUCCCAGCACCCCCUCCCCCUAUGGACUGGCCGGUCCCCCACAGGCCCCUGGAGGACUAGGGGCCUCCUCCCCCGGUCAGACCCCUCUCUGUGGCUCCCUGGGGUCCCUGGGGUCCCUGUCCUCCCCCCCUUCUCUGACCGGCACGCUGGGCAAGUCUCGGCCCACCCCUAAGCCCCGCCAGAGGCCCAGCCUGCCCCCUCCUCAGCCGCCCACCGUCCCUCCGCCGGGGGCCAACCCUGUCGGCCCUGGGUCCCUGGAGCAGGGCAUCCUGGACAGACUGUCCCCCGGGGAGAGCAUGUCCACAGAUUACUUCAAUUAUGAAAUCCCCUCCAUCAAUGUGAACCUGGACAGCCUCAUCGAUGAGUUCAGCGGUGCUGCCCCCUGCAGGCGCUACGGAGCGGUGACAUACUCUCCUCCCCCAGGGGGAGACGAUAACCCCGACCACGACCCCUACGCCGUGCCUGAGGAGGACGAACCCCAGGACACCACCUUAUGACAUCAUUACCCUGAGACAGCCCUAUGAUGUGACAUCAUCAGAGCUCGCCCAGAACUCGGACGUGCCCGGGAAGGCAAGGCAAGGCUGGCACCAUGGCGCUCCAACAUACAGCUAGCUAGCUGUACAUACUGUAAGACUGUAACGCUCGCUCACACCGCACUGCCACGAUGCUCCCAGACAAAACAAACAAACACACAAACAACAUGGCUUCUUCUUCUACACCGCAAUGCUCACCUGACCUUUCACCUGGAACUCCAGAACUGAACCCCCCCCUCACAUUGUGCUAUACCUACAGGCUGCAAGCAAAACUAAUCUCUUAGAAAUACUACGCAAAUAGUAAUGUAAACUCAAUAACGCACCACAUGCCAUAUAGAGGAGGACCAGUUGCCUUUGGAGGGAAGAAGACAUAUGGAUUAUAUGGAGGAGUAUUAAUGCCAUGUUCAGUAUUAUAUUUUAUUUUUGCUUUGUGGAUACUACCGUAUUUUUUUGUGAUCAGUAUUUCUUUUGACUUUUUACGUUUUUGUUUUUUUUCCUUAUAUGAAAAGCCUGCACUCAAAUUGCAAUACAUGCAUCGCAUACUCACAAACAGUUUGGCCUGACCCUAAAUGAAGGAAACUCGUAACCUGACUGGUUGUGUAGAUGUGUGGGUAAAGUGGGUCUGACUGGUCGUGUAGAUGUGUGGGUAAAGUGGGUCUGACUGGUUGUGUAGAUGUGUGGGUAAAGUGGGUCUGACUGGUUGUGUAGAUGUGUGGGUAAAGUGGGUCUGACUGGUUGUGUAGAUAUGUGGAUAAAGUGGGUCUGACUGGUUGUGUAGAUAUGUGGGUAAAGUGGGCUUCAGGGUCAGUGUGUGUAGUGUACUGUAUUCCUAACAGGGUAAUAUGAUGAGAGAGUUAUUAGUCCUAGUUUUCUGCACACUAUAGAGAUGAUGAUGAACAGAGUCUAUUGAAGAAUGCAGCAUGAAAUGCAUAACUAACCCUAUUCUGGGCAGGGUUUGGGUCGAUUCCAUUUCAAUUCAGUCAGUUCAGGAAGUAAACUGUUUACUUUCUGUAUGACUGAAUUGAAAUGGAAUGGACCCCAGCCCUGAUUCUGUGUCACCCCUGCCCCCCAGUCCCUGUUCUUCCCACCUCUCCCCCACGUACACAUAGUCCUAUAGGCCAACACAAAUAUCUGCAUUGAUACACAGUUAAGAGACAUCUGUAGGAUUGCUUUAUAAGUAGCAAUAAUUUAUUUGUACAGGAUUAAAGAUGAAUUCAUGCACAUAUUUUCACCAGCACAGUAUUAGAAUGUCUUUGGAAUAGAACUCAGAGUGCAUUGUUGUUGUUAUCAGAAGGGUUUUAAACUAUCAAACUGUAUCAUUAGACAAUAAUGAUGCACAUCAAAUAUCUUUAAGAGUCGGGUCCCCAAAAUGAAGCCCCCUUAUUGCUUAAAACCUUUCUGGAUCUAAUAGCAGAGCUGUGCUCACAGAGACUGGGGAGGGACAUCAUACCUUUCAGACUGGGGAGUGACAUCAUACCUUUCAGACUGGGGAGUGACAUUAUACCUUUCAGACUGAGGAGUGACAUCAUACCUUUCAGACUGAGGAGUGACAUCAUACCUUUCAGACUGAGGAGUGACAUCAUACCUUUCAGACUGGGGAGUGACAUCAUA